AUGACACGGCUAUGGCAAACGGACUCAGCUUUUUCGGAAGCUUUAUAUGAGUUAAUUCCCGAGCACACAAAGAAGAAGACCCCCCAGUUUAUUCAAAAGAUUCUUGAAGGAGAAGUGACCAAUCCCGACGAUGUUAACGUGAAAUUGAAGGAGUGGCAGAAGCUUGAUUCCCAGCGGGCGCAGAAGCUGAAGCCCAUCUUUCAUGCAAUCAACGACUACGAUGGCAUCAUCGGAAUCCUGUGUAGCGCGGACCCUUACCCAUCGGCGCUGAUCUGGGGCGGCCUCAAGGCGGUUGUCGAGUGCUUCCGACGAUACUACCAAGUCUUUGACCAGCUCGAAGGGCAACUCAAGUCUCUUACGCACCACUUGAAGCUUCUAAAGCAGUACGAGCAAUUGUUCUCUGAGUCCGAACACAUGAGAGAUCUCCUGGUUGCGUCCUACAAAGGCAUCAUUCGUUUCUGGAUCAGGGUCGAGGAUCAUUGCAUGACUCCCGGGUUCGUGCGAGCGCUCAAGACGGUGACCUCAAUCAGUGUCACCAAAAUCAAUGAGAUCAUCGCGGAUAUCACGGACACAAGCAAAAUCAUUGAACGCCUCGUUCCAGUAAUCCAGGAGCAACGACGUAGAAAGGAGAGAAAUGAAACAGUGGUGGAGAGGCAAGAUGUGCAAGACAAAUUGGACGAACUGCUUCGGAGAGCAUCGACCAAAGAUAACGUCGAAAGAUGGAGCAGGGUUUGUGAGUGGAUUAUGGGCAGAGACGGAUGCAAAGUGAGCGACGGCAUCGAUCGCCCUUACGACCAGCAUGUGCAGACUCGAAUACCCAAGACUGGGACUUGGUUGUUAGAGGAUGCUCAAUUCCGCCGCUGGGUGGAGGCUGGGUCCGAGGCCAACAUCCUUUGGCUUCGUGGGGGUGCCGGGGUGGGCAAGUCCACGAUAUGCAGCCAGAUCGUCGACAGGCUCGAGAGCCUACGCCCGGAAGCUACGGUAGCCUUUCAUUUUUUCAGCUUCAACGAGGAGCUGUCGCCAACGCAUGUAUACCGAAACAUAGCGCGCCGGCUUUUCUUUUCCGUCUACGACAACGAGGGGGACGAAAUUUCGGAGGAGGUUCUUGAGCUUCUGCGACUGGACCCCACGUCCCUCCGAGCGCUGCAGAGAAUGGUCGCUGUCUUGGUCGCAGAAUCCAAAAGCUGCUUCAUUCUUCUGGAUGGCCUGGAUGAAGAGCUCGAGAACUCCAAAAAAGAACGAUGGCAAAACGCAAGUGCAGUCUUGUCCUUUUUCAUCAACCUCGCGUCCGAGCCAGAUUCGGGGCUGAAACUCUGGUGCAGCUCUCAGGAUCACAGAGCCAUCCGCCAAUUAAGUCAAAGCACCCACUUAUGGCCCCCCCCUGCAUUUGGCCUACCCCAAAAAUGCCUCCUAGCCACUGACUUUCUAGAUAACCUCUAA